AUGCUUCGUCAAAUAAAACCCCGGAAUGCCCGCUCUAAGCGUGCUCUCGAGAAGCGCGCCCCCAAGGCUGUCGAGAACCCCAAGAAGGCCCUCUUCCUGCGCGGCACCUCUUGCAGCCAGAUUACUCAAGAUGCCCUCGGAGACUUAUACGCCCUGACGCAGGUGCACGCGAAGCGCUUCCAGAAGAAGAAUCCCGUCCACCCAUUCGAGGACUCCAGCUCGCUAGCCUUCUUCUCCGAGAAGAACGACUGCAGCCUGCUCCUCUUCGGCAGCAGCAACAAGAAGCGCCCCCACACCAUCACCUUCGCCCGCACGUUUGACUACAAGAUCCUCGACAUGCUCGAGUUCUCGAUCGAUGGCGACUCAUUCCGCAGUAUAUCGCAGUUCAAGACGGACAAGGUGCCCGUAGGCACCCGGCCGCUGAUGGUCUUUGCCGGGACGGCCUUUGAAUCCCCCGUCCCCAACAACUUCACCAUGGCCAAGUCCAUGCUCCUCGACUUCUUCCGCGGCGAAACCUCGGACAAAAUCGACGUCGAAGGACUCCGCUACUGCAUCGUCAUCACCGCCGACGAGCCCACCACCUCCUCCUCUGAUCCCACUCCCACAACUCCCGAAUCCACCCCGCUCCUCCGCCUGCGCGUCUACACAAUCCGCACGCAUCGCUCCUCCCAAAAACUCCCGCGCAUCGAACUCUCCGAACACGGACCCCGCCUGGACAUCCGCCUCGGCCGAUCGCAACCCCCCGACGAAACCCUUCUCAAAGAAGCCAUGCGCCGGCCCCGUCUGGCGAGCGACGAAAGAACCAAGAAGAACGUCUCGACUGAUUUGAUGGGUGAUAAGAUUGGACGGAUCCAUACCGGCAAAUUGGAUUUGAGUGAGUUGCAGACCAGGAAGAUGAAGGGGUUGAAGAGGGGACGGGAUCAGCAUGAUGAUACUGGAGAGGCGGAGGAGGAGGAGACGGUUGUUGGGGAGGAGGCGCAGCCGAGGAAGAGGAAGGCUUGA